UAAGAAAUAGUGUUAGCAGAAUAAGCUCUUAAGGAGUGUUAUUAGAAUAGACCUCCUAACCUGUUUCUUUUCCCGAAGGAAGCGAGCUAGGGAGCGAGUGGCGCGGUAGCGACGCGAGGGAGCGAGCGAGCUCGGGUCUGCAGGCCAUGGCCUAGGAGGUGGGCGCCAUGGAUUCCGUCAACAGGCCACCGCCCCGCCCCCGCGCCCGCAUAUCUAUCCAUCUUGUAGGCUUGUAGCCAGCCAAGAAAGCAGAGCGGCGCUCCUGACCAGCACCCUUCGAUUUGCGGCACCGGGCGAGGGGAAGAAGGGGUCAACAUGGAGGGGUCGUCGUCGGCGUCGGCGUCGAUGGGGGCGGCGAUGAGGCCGGCGCGGGCGGGGGUGAAGGUGUGCGGCAAGGAGGAGAAGGUGGUGGGCAUGCAGAAGGCGUCGGGGAGCUUCCCGUACUGCGGCGACGGGGUGGUGUCCACGGACGUGGAGGCCAAGUGGGUGCUCUGCUUCCUGUUGCUCUGCCUCAAGAACAAGCGCAGACUUCCAAAAAAACAAGCAAUUAGAGUGAAAAGAAGAACUUAGAAAAGAAGUAGAGUGCCUCGGAGCUGAUUUGCAACAAGGUAGAGAGAUGGAUCAUGCUCAAUCUGUUGCUCAACUGAAUACCUUGACCACUAAACUAGCCACUUACAAUGACCAAGAUAGAAAAUGUUUGAUAAACUGAAUGUUUGAGAGUUAAAGUGGUUCUUUUAGGUUUGAGCGUUCAGUAAAUUUGGUUUAUUUUCAUGUCACUACUUGCCUUAUUACUAUCCUUUUGUUCUGGAAAGACUUAUCAUUAUGCUUGUUCUCAAGAAUCAGAGACCACUGCUCAAUUAACUGUUGCCCCAUGCUGCCAGCGGCGUGAUCCACGGUGCGCAGUUUGCCAAUGCUCAGUUUCAUGGAGCAGUUAGUUUCAGGGACUGGCUGCAGUUAUCUUGCAUCCAAAAAAAUUAAGUGAUGUACACAACUAUGAUUUUGCCAAGCCCCUGCUUGUGUGAGGUACAAAAUUAGCAAUCUAAUGAGAGGGUUCAGUUUGUUUACCAAGCCCCUCCUUGCGUGAGGUACAAAAAAUAUUUUUAAUCCCGGCAGUUAACUCGGUGUUAACUACCGCAAUCCCUGAUAGUUAGCUAUUUUACUCCCGGUCGUUAGCUUGAACUGGGCAAAAAACAAAAAAAGUAUUUUCAAUCUUGACAGUUAGCUAUUCCAGUCCCGGUGGUUAACUUGACCAGGGAAAAAAAUAGAAAAAAGAAUUAAAACAAAAUAAGCAAAAAAAAGUAUUAUCAGCCAUUGCAGUUAGCUUGCUCAUCGCGUGCACUUAGGUAUUUCAUACCCGCAGUUCGUGUGACCCAAUCAGAAAAAAAAACAUUUUCAGUCACGCAGUUAACUUGGUGCUAACUGUUGCGAUUCCUGGCAGUUAGCUAUUUCACUCCCGGAAGUUAACUUGACCUGACGAUAAAAGUAUAGA